AUGGAGGAAGAAAACUGGGAAGCGUCCUCUUCAAGCGAAAACGAAGCUGGUUUUGCAGUCGAUGACGACGAAGAAUUUCAUUCAGGACCCAAGUUACAAUUCAGAGUUGGUUCUUCAAAGGCUCGCUGGGUUAGAGAACUAGGAAUGGCUGAAGUUGAGGUUAAAAGAGGGAAGCUUUGGACAACAACUGGAAUCAUACGUAGUGGAAAGACAUACUGUUUCAUAGAAGAGGCUUUGUAUUUGAGUGAAAUAGGAGAGUUGCAGAUCUUGGGUAAUGAAGAUGAUGAUGUGGUGAUCCCAUUGAAGGGCUUGUAUGAGAUGAUUGCAGAGGAAAAGAACGGUUGCUGUUGGGAAGAAUAUGAGGUUUAUAGGUACUUGAAGGGUCUUGGUUACAUCUUAGGCAGGCAUGGAGUUCCUUGGACGUCGAAGGGUGCUGCCAUUAUGACAGAGUCAGUUUGUGCCGGUGAAGGCGAGGAUAGUGUCACUAAACUCUUGGGAGAUAUGCAGAUAUGUGAUGCAAGAGCGGUGUUUGACGUGUAUUUGCCAAACAGCCGGUUCAAGAAGUCUUCUCCUGGUGAACCUAGCUUUGUUGCUUGCUUAUCAGGGGACUCUCCACCAAGCAAAGAAGAUGUUAGAGUCCUGCAAAGCCGCAUAGUUGCACCGUUGAGGUUCUGUCAUAUAGCUCAGGGCCGUGUUAGUUUCUUUUCAUUCAGUUCCAUAAACCUCCUUGUCUUACCAUAA